AUGGUCGUCACAGCGCUGGAACAAGCACAAUGGUCGCUCUCUCAAGGCCGCGGAGCUGACACGACAACUGAUCAGGUGAACGAAUGUUGCAUUUUUCAGACCAGUGUCGACCUAGACGUGAGCGCACUGCUGGAUAGUGCUGCAGCGGCAGUUGUGCCUCGCUUUGAAGAACCCAAGAAGCUGUGGCCUCCACCGUUCGAGACAGCAGGCGGCAGCUACGUCUAUGUGAGCGAGUACGGGCUCUACUGGGAUCCAGACAGCUUGUUCUACUACGAUGCACACACCCUGGUGUACCACAACUCGUUUACUGGCCUGUACUAUCGGUGUGUGGAUCCUCAGAGUAGUGGAGCGUCUGCCUUUCAGGUAAUCGAGCCGCCGCUACCUGUUGACGAUGAAGCGUACAGCGAUGCCACUACAGCGAAGACUCCAGCUGCUAGUAAAGCAGCGUUGAGUUUAUCACUGAAGAAGGACAAGAAAAAAGCUCCGGGGAUCUCGUUUGCAAUCAAGACUACAGCUAUUGGCAUGAAGCGCAAGAGUGCAGACGACAUAGCCAAGUGGUCACAACGCCAGCAUUCCGUCAUUGAUGCAUUGACGAGUGUCCCGCAACAACUGCCCAUUUGUCUGCUUUGUCGCAGGAAGUUUGGGUCUCUGGAGAUGCUUCGCAAACAUGAAAAAUUAUCGAAGUUGCAUCUGGCAAAUUUGGCAAACGCGAAUAAGAACAAGCAACAUCUCGCUGCACAAUACCGAGAGCACGAGAAGGAGAUGGAACGAGAUGCCAAAAAGCAGCGACAAGAAGAAAAGCCUAGUGCUAUCUCUCUGGAGUCUGGAAUCGGUGGCAAGAUGCUCAAGAUGAUGGGAUGGAAGAGCGGAGAGGGUCUAGGCAAGCAUGGCACAGGCAUCACGGCACCGAUCGAUGCAGCCGGACAAGGCGGACGGAGUGACACCGCUGGACUUGGCUUAAAGGCGCCACUCUCAGCCACAGUGGACCUCUCCGAUGUCACCUCCGACAAGGAACGUCGACAGCGACUAGCCCGCGCUCGCUACGAGAAUGCAUAG